GGCUACCCCGCCUACGUGUCAAUCAAGGCCAUUGAAAGUCCCAAUAAAGAUGAUGAUACGCAGUGGCUGACUUACUGGGUUGUGUAUGGUGUUUUCAGCAUAGCAGAAUUCUUCUCUGAUAUCUUUCUGUCCUGGUUCCCUUUCUAUUACAUGCUGAAGUGUGGCUUUCUGCUCUGGUGCAUGGCUCCGAGUCCCUCUAAUGGAGCAGAGUUCCUCUAUCACCGAAUCAUCCGGCCUUUUUUCCUGAAGCAUGAGGCUCAGUUGGACAAUGUUGUCAAAGACUUGAAAGACAAGGCUGCAGAGACUGCAGAUACCAUUGCUAAAGAAGCCAAGAAAGCAACAGUGAACUUGCUGGGUGAAGAGAAGAAGAGCACUUAAAACUUUUAACUGGAUAAAGAUUCCCACCACCUCUAUUACGAAGCUUGAUGUUAUGGGGAUCUGUGGUAUAAUUUUAAUAAUGUUGCCUUGAAAAUGUUUUAAUAUAUUAAAGGAAUGUGCUAUAAGUUUGCUUGCUAGUUUGCUGUUGUCUGCAUAGAAUUCAUGCAUUUUUAUUUAAAAGUAAUGCAGCGGGCAGCAUCUGAAAUUUAAUGAAAAUAUUUUAUCAAUCUUCAUGAAAAAGUCUUACAGUAAUCAACUUCUCCAGUAACAUAAAUAAAAAGUAUAUAUCUCAGAGGCUCUACACUUCAGUUGUCUCUUUGUGCAUGUAAUUACUUUCAACAUUGACUGUGUUGCAUCUAGUAACGUGACAUUAUUUUAGAAGGAAAAUAUUCAUCUGAACAGAUUUUCUGGAAUAUACAGAGAAUUACUGAGAGAGCUGGUGUAGCAAAUUUAUUCCUUGCUAGUAAAGUUAUGGGUGAUGAUAGGCAUCUCAUGAUAGAGACUAUGUAAUGUUGCAUGUUUCAGUAUAACAUAAUAUUUACUACAGUGUUCAUUUUCUUGAAUGGAUAGAUACAAAAUGUGGGAAGAGUAGUUUUAUUCAAGAGAUCAAGCUUAUAUUAGUGUGGGGUUAUUUGCCAGACAUGGAUGCAUUACCCUGCAGAAGAUAAGCACAAGAUGAUUAAAGAUGGCAUGUACUUGCUAUCUCUUUCUAAAUAAAGUUGUCACCUAAAAUUGUAAAUGGAGUGCCUCUAUCACACUUCAAAGCGUAAACCACCUUGUUUCUACAGUCCUCUUAAGUUUUUACUGCCUUAGGUGUUGGUCUCCAGAACUGCACUGUUAGUGGAUCACCCUGCAGUCUCCCCAGGCUUUUUGUGCACAUUAACAUCUGCAGACUGUUCUGAUUGUCUAAGAAAACUUUGUAUGAGCAGUGAAAAUUCCUGAGUAGACAGAUUUUACAGAUUUCUUCAUGUAUUCAUGACCAAUUGGUAAGAAUGGAGCUAAAAUAAAGAGAAUAAAGAGCUUU